GGGUACAUCUGUAGAUAAAGGAGAGGCAAUGCCGGAACCCCCUCCGGCACAGGACGGUACUACAUUGGACUUGGUGGAUAACAAUGGAUUAACGCCUCUCAAGCUCGCACAUACCAUGAAAGCUUCACCUCCACCUGCGUCGCUAGGGCCUAUCCAUGUAUACCUCGGUUCUCCAUCAAGAGUGAUAUGGAGGGAGACGAAGAAACAGGUCGUUGGGAAGGCAGUAAACGGAUCUGCAUAUGAAAUUCAACCCUUUUCAUUACGUAGUAUCUUAAAAACAAUACUGGUUCCCCCAUACGAUGUACAUCCCUUAGACGCUGACUUUCGCUCUUCUUAG